CUUAAAACGUGACGGCUAUGGCGUUACUUGAUCGCUUUCGGCGUAGGCGAAGCGUGACCUUUAAUAUUAGGUUUUAUUAAUCACUUGAGGAGAAGGCGAUGUGAUUUGGUGAUGACCAUUACGUGUUCUCUGAUCAAACCCAUCAUACCUCCAUUAGCUCUAUGACAACGGUUCUUGUUUCUUUUUCUGCACGUCUGCUCCACCAGUUGACUUUCGAGUUGCCAACUAGAGAUGAAAACACCAACUUAUUUGUCUCCGUUUGGGCAGCGUAUGAAACCUGCGCAUCUCUCACAUUGUGCCUCGUUUAAUCACGCCGGUGGCAACAUCACUGCUGCUACAACAGCCGGAGAAUGACGUCCCCGCCUCGAAGACGCGUCAACAUGGGCCCGUGACAAGAUCGAUAAAUUGUUUGGGCUGGAAUUAUCCGAACGGUCUCCGGAAGCAGGUCACACCUAUACUGCACAUCGGGUCCGCAAAGCAGUAGACAGCUCGAGCCUUGGAUCGGUGCGUCAUCGCACCUGCGAAGCCCUGAACGCGUACGAUCGCUUUUCCACAGGCAGCAGGGAAGUGGCGCGCGCCGAGAUGCAGCCUGACGACGUGACUCAGUGCAUUCAGAGAAACGUCCGCAACUGCGAACUGGACGUGCAUCCGACCGAAAAGGCCCUCGUAGUCCGGUACGAGGUGGAAGCGGUCGUCCUGGCCGACGACGGGCCGGCGCUCGAACAGAGCCGCUCCUGCCAGAAGCUUAUACGCGUCAAGAGCAUCAAUGCCACGACCGACGUGACUGCGCUGGCUCGCGAGAUUGUUGCCAAGUGCGACCUCUUGCACGAAUCCCAAACGGGCCGAGUGGAGCGGCUGCUUUCGUACCUCCAGCAGCGCAAGGACAACGGGACCGCCAGCAGCAGGCCCCAGACAGGAGUCCGAUCGUUGUCCCAGCAUGGAGGUUCGUCACCGUCAGGAGGUCGAGCAGCACCGAUGGCCAGCAUGGCCUGCCUCGAGUCUUACGUGGACAUGCUGUAUGAGGAAGGGGAGGACAAGGUGCGCGGCUCGGCCAUGGUGCUGCAGCUGGCUCGCAGCCCAGACAACUUGGGCGAGCUGGCAGCCAAUGAUACCCUGUUAUGUGCACUGGCCCGGGUGCUGAGAGAGGACGGCCGCAGGGACACCCAGCUGGCCACCAACCUGGCCUACGUCUUCUUCUGCCUCUCAACUUUCUCACAGUUUCACCCAGUCAUUGCCGAGUACAAGGUUGGCUCCAUCUGCCUAGAUUUGGUGGAGUAUGAGCUGCGACGGCAUGCUCACUGGAGAGAGGAGCUGUCACGAGCACCAGACGACGAGCGUAGUCGGCGCAAGUUUAUGGGGCUAACACGCCGACAGGACCAGCUUCUACGUGUGUGCCUCUACCUGCUUCUCAACGUGGCUGAGGAGCCACGCAGCGAGAUCAAGAUGGUCAACCGUGGACUUGUGCCCAUGCUUGUUGAGUGCCUUGAACGGGAACAGACGGACCUGCUCCUGAUUGCAGUCUGCUUCUUGAAGAAGCUCUCCAUCUACUAUGAGAAUCAGGCUGAAAUGGCUCGGCUACUGACCAUUGAACGGCUCGCACCACUGCUCUCUCAGGAGCCGCUCACAUCAGCCGUGAUACGUCUGCUGCUCAACCUGUCCUUUGACCGUGCGCACCGUGCUGCCAUGUCUGCAGUGGGGCUCAUCCCAAAGCUCGUUCAGCUCCUUGUCAAGGAAGGACGUGUGGCAGCUGAUGAGACACCAAUUCUCUGUAUCUUGUAUCACAUGAGCCUCGACGAUCGGUGCAAGUCCCAGUUUCCGUACACGGACUGCAUGCCGUGGUUGGUCAGGUCCCUCCUGGCAAGCCAGAGUCCACAGCCGGCUCCACUGGCACUAGCCAUCAGCCUAGCCAGUCAUCGACGCAAUGCCCAGCUAUUUUCUGGUGCUCUUGAGAAGCUGCUGGAGCGUGCUUUGCAGGAUGCAGAUGCCCUGUUCUUGCGGCUCGUACGGACUGUGGCACAGCACAGUGGCGCAGCUCGUGGAGCAUCCCUCAUGUCCCAUGCGGACGCCCUGUGUGCUGCACUCAUGCAGCAUUCCUCGGCAGCUGAGAGUGAUUUUGCAGUGGAGUGUGCCUCUACACUAGCACAGCUGGAGGGGGGUCCGUUUGGGAAACUGCUGGACCGACUUUUACCAUGGAUUCGUAGCCGCCUUGCUGAGGGGCCGGAUGAGCUGCUUGUGCCUUUGGUUCAACUGGUGGCCACAGUGGCACGGAGCGGCGAGACUUGUGCCAAGUCCGUCAUGCAGCAGAGUCUGGUUGCCGACUUGACGGGCCUGCUCAGAGCCAAGCAGGAGGAUGACCAGCUAGUGCUACAGGUGGCGUACGUGUUCGAUGCCUUAGUAAGCAGUGGUGGUGCUGCUGUGCGGGAGUCGCUGGUGCAAGGUGCACAGGAGGUGCCAGCGUACUUGCUGGACCUCCUUCACGACCGCAACCCCGAGGUGUGCCGCGUCUGCAGUCACGCAUUGACCGUGUUGGCCCACUACUACCCAGAGUGGAACCGUCGGCUGUGUGAGGCACGAUUCUGUUGGCACAAUGCACAGUGGCUGGCAGUAGUCCAGUCAGGAGAGGCACCAGAGGAACAUGAAGAGGGCCCUUGCGAGCAGUUCCUGGACCGAUCGGAUCUUCUAUCCAAUGGUAGUGCCGCUUCUGAUCCUUGAACUGACUGCCAUCAAAUCUGGCAGUGACGAGCCUCACAGGACCUGAGAGGUUUCUACAGACUGAUGGACAUAAUCUGUUAUUAAUGUGACAGACCUUGGACAAGACACGUGCAAUAGCCAGCCUUUGUUGGUGAUGAUGAUGAUCAUCUGUGUGUAAGUGAUGGCAGACUGCAAGUGACGUAUAUAGCAUACCUAAAUCAUGAUCGCAGUGGCUGCCACAGUCACAUUCCUUUAAUUAUCAUGGGCCCAACAUCACGUCUAUUUAUUAUGUUCAUGUCUUCUCUGAAGAGGGGGAUCCCUGAACUAUCGCUGAGUAGGAGGUGCCCAGGUUCCCCUCAGGUAUUUCGCCAUGUCGAGAAGCAGUAAUUGAAAUGACUGUGAAUGAAAGCAAAGGAUAACUUCAUCCAAGUUGACUCAGUGAAAUAAUGCCUAGGUUUGAGCAAUAUUCUUAUGCCAUAGAUGAACUUCUGUCUUAGGAAAGCAAUGUGGGCCUUGUACUUCAAGUUGAAAUCUAAUGUUACUCCGAGAAAUGAACAUUGGGUUACUGCAUGAAUGGAAUGAUUGCUAAGUGUUAUUUCCGUCUUGUAUGUCGGAGUUUUGUGGUUGAAAUGGAUUAGCAUGAAUGUUGUUUGAGAAGGAUUAACUUUAAGAGCAUGUUAAGAUGUUGACAUCGGAAUUAAGUUUAUCUUAAUUGAGUCGAAUGCUUUUGAAAGGUCCACAAACAAGGCAUCGGCAAAAUUAUUGUUGUCUAUGGCAUUUUUAAUUUUGUCUGUGAAGGAGAGUAGGGUGAGGUCAGUCGAGUAACCUGUUCUAAAUCGGCCACGGCAGCCGCAUUUCGAUGGGGGCGAAAUGUAAGAACACCCACGUACUUAGAUUUAGGGGCAUGUUAAAGAACCCCAGGAGGUCAAAAUUGUUCCAGAGUUUCCCACUACGGCGUGCCUCAUAAUCAGAUUGUGCUUUAGCACGUAAAGCACCAUAAGUAAUUUUUUUUAAUCCGAAUUAAUGAUUUGAUAGGAUAUUGAAUUUCUUUCAAUAAAUGUGUAACUGCUUUUCAAUACACUUCUCCAUUAUUUUACCAAAGAGUGAUAAAAGUGAAAUUGGCCGAUAAUUUGAUGCGCAUAAUCUGUCUCCUUUUUUUAUAUACUGGAAUUACCUUAGAUAUCUUGAGUGAAUAUGGAAAUGACCCUGUCUUGAAUGUAAGGUUAAUGAUAUGUGAGAGCGAGGAACCUACAAGAUAAGUGAUUAAUUUUAUGCUACCAGACUCAAGUUCAUCAGGCUCUGCCCCAGUUAAUUUUGGUUGUCGUAUAAUGUUGAUGACUUCGCUAGAAUCAGUGGGGAAUAAGUAGAAUGAUUGUGGUGAGCGUUCUAGGGAGUUUUGAAGAAUGACGGCAGGAAUGAUGGCAUGAUUAAUUGUAGCACAUGAACACUAUUUUUAGGGCUGAAUAAUAUGUAGCAUUAUGUUAAAUUACAUUACAGAUUUGAGCACGUUUUCAAAGAAUGUUAACAUCACUCUUUAGUAUUGGUUGCAAUUAAUCAUUUAAGUCUUAAUGGCUAACAAUUGAAGGGCUCCAAGAGGAGGUCCACCAGAGGCUGACAAACUGAAAUGGCUCGAUAGCAAUGGCCACUUCGGACGUUGAUGCCAAGGUAUCACCUAAUACGAUUUUUCAGUUUUCCAUUUGCCUUGUCACGAAUGCCUUCUCCUAGCCCCAGCAACAAUGAAGCGCUGCGCUUCAUAGAGAACCCAGACCUGAACGUCGCGGCAUUGAGUAAUCACAAUCGUUUGAGCAAGUUGUUUGUACAUAAUUACUACACAGCUCUUCUCUCUAGUGCACACAUGGUGUCAGUUUUCAGUGUCGCUGCAGAUGUGUUCUGAAGAAAACUAGAGAAGAUUACCGAAUAAAAUUUUCAAAAGUAAUACUUAGUGAAGUAAUACAACAUGUGAAGGGCUCCAGAGGAUGCAUUGGAAGAGCCAGUCCAACUCGUUCUAUUUACUGUAUUUGUGCAAUGUUAAUAAAAGUUGGGAGGAAAGUAACAUUAAUAUAAUUGUUUAUUUUUUUAGUAAUUGCUCAAUUACUUUCGUGGGACAGUAAUUAGUAACCAUAAUCAAUUACAUUUUUAAAAGGAGUAGUUGUAAUUGUAAUCAGUUAUUUUUUGGUAAUGUGUACAAGUCUGAUUUAGAUGUUAUCAAGAUGGCAAGGAGUACUGGAAUCAUUGUGAAUGUUCUUGUUGUCUUUGCUCAUCAUAAAAGGGGCAGUAAAUAGCUUUGAGGAAGUUGACAAAAGCUUUGUGUCAUGUUAAUUAAAAUGUGUGAUCCACAUGUUGUGUGGCUCAUCACAGAAACCAGAGGGGUCAUCAGCGUUCUGGUGUUGUUUUGUCCUGUAACAAAGAUGGGAGACAAAAUGCUUCACUUGGAACUGUUGAACUUUUACUGCUGUGUGAUUUGCCCACCAUUAGAAGGCCACUGUUAUAACUAAGAGCAGAGAAUGCACUUGUACCGAAGUUAGCUGUCUUGAUGUCAUUGUCUAGCAAUCAUGGGCAUACACCAUUUUUAUGGCCAUGUACCUUUAACAAAACAUUUACAGAGAACUGCUUUGGCAAAACAAGCUGAAUUUUCUUUGCCCGCAUGCUGGAAUUGGCAUGAGCAUAAGACAUGCAAUACACAUUACGUUUCGGGCUGUUCACCGAGAUAUAAAGUCCCCUUCUUUGAAAUGGUGCUUCAUAAAAUUUGACUGUGGGUCUACAGGGUCAUCCACUCUCAGUGUCACCGCACCAUUACCAUCCAGCAAAAUACUGCGUCAAAAUUUCUUCGACAUUAUUAAAACGAAAGUACGGGCAAUGAUGCCUAGUGCAGACAUCAAAUACUAAUGGAAGAUAAUUCUGAAUAUUUUCAUUUUGAACUGGAGUUGCUAUGAGCAGUUGAAUACUGUAAUGAGUGGGUUCCUGUACAUAGUAUAGUCAUGUUUUGGGGUUCAGGUGCAACAUUUAAGGAACCUCAUGAUCCCUCAUUAUUUCAGAGCCCUUUUUCUGGCUGCAGUAUUGAUGAAAAUCCAGAACUGACAGUAUAGGAAUUCAAGGGCUCAUACUAAUAUAUUCUUAUUGCAGCAGCUGAGCCCAAGCCUAGAUUUCAUCAAAUAGCAGUACUGCAUAACUGAUAACAGAGAAUAAUGUAAAGCACUGUGGCUGAACGUAGUGUUCACCUCCACCAUGAGGUGAGCCAUGCUUUGUGUCAGCACUUUUCUCUGUGUGUCCUGUUCAAUAGGAAAGCGCAAACGCUACAUCACUUUGCGUUUAUGCAUUUUAUGGCUUUUCAGUUUACAUGACUAACAGAACUUGAUGUUUUAAACAGGCUCUGAAAUGCCUUUCUUGCUUCUGUCUCAAUCCUCAUCAUUUCAGUGCUAUAGGUGAUGAGUGGACAGACCUAGAACACUGCUUCGUCAGUCAUGUUUAUCCACGCCAUACCCAUUACUGAUGGUGCCUAGUUAGACUAAGACUUGUAUCAUGCACCAAGUUAAGGACCGCACAAAGAGCGAUGGAAUAAAAAAUAUUAGGCCUAACGUAAAGAGGCAGGAAGAGAGCGGUGUGGAUCAGAGAGCAAACAGGGAUAGCCGAUAUUCUUCUUGACAUUACAAGAAAAAAGUGGAGCUGGGCAGGCCAUGCAAUGCGUAGGAUGGAUAACCGGUGGACCAUUAGAGUUACAGAAUGGGUACCAAUAGAAGGGAAGCACAGUCGAGGACGGCAGAAAACUAGGUGGGCUGAUGAAGUUAGGAAAUUUGCAGGCGCAAGUUGUAAUCAGCUAGCGCAAGACAGGGGUAUUUGGAGAUCGCAGGGAGAGGCCUUCGUCCUGCAGUGGACAUAAAUAUAGGCUGAUGAUAUUGAUCAUGCACCAAAUUUAUGGCAAAUUGUAAAGCAUUCGUAUACAGAAAAGGGCAUACAGGAGCAUUUGUGUUAGGUUGACUGGUUGCUUGAAUCAUGAAACAUGUUUAAGUACCAGUGUGAAUUGAACCAAACACAAAAAGUAGACACAGGCACUACCAAUGCUGAAUUACAUCUUGGAUUAUGUGCUGUAGUACUGUGUUUGCCAUGUUUGUGUGUAUUCCUUGUGUCCCAUUCAAUUUUAUCCAAUAACAUGUGUCACCAUUUUAGGCGGUCAUGAUUCACUAUCACUUCAUCAUGCCUAAGACUAUGUAGAAGCUGUUCGGGCUCUGUACCUAUGCAUGGAAUUGCUAAGAUCAAGCAUUGCAGGCAAACCUCAGCAGGAGGCUGUUUGAGGACUAAGGUUUGUAUGUUGUACAGAACACACUGGAAUGCAGCACAGACCUACUUAUGCUGGUCAGGAUUCUGUGUUCCUUGUUGUGUGUGAGCAGCUUGGCGUCAGCAUGCAUUUUAAAGUGCACAUUGUACUGACCUUGAUACAAGCGAAAUGCUAGCCAACUGCUUUAUAGCGAGGCGCGGGUCAUUGUGCGCAGGCCGCAAGUGUGCAGUAUUUCACAGCUCUAAAAAGAGUUCUCCACAACAAAGCUUUUUUUUUUUUUCCCCUUUUCCAUGACUCUGCUCUUUGCACAGACUGCCCUGCUCACAUUUGGCUGAGUGCUCUUGUAUAUUUUUGCAAUGCUUUAUUUAUUUCACAAUAAAAUGAAAAUCAUUGCUGAGCUCA